AGAGCAAUAGUGUGAAAGUGAGGCAGCAGUUGCAGUAGUUGGAAGGGAGCGAGAAAGAGAAACAUGCUCGGAGAAGUGGGCCUGAUUUUGUGAAUGAUUUUCUGCUUCGAGAAGAGUUUUUCUGGGCUUCGCUGCGCGGUCGCGCCGAGUGCUAUGCCGGAGCCGGCGGCCGUCGUCCUCCUGCACCUGUAGCCGAGUUUGCGAGGAAGGAGCCGAGGCGGCGAGGUCAGAGGGAGGAGGAGGAACAGGGCACUCCGGGUCGCAGCAUCGUCACCUCGGCUCCUCGGCUCGAUCACCUGCUGGAUGGGGGUGCUGGUGUGCUGCGAUUGCUUCUUCUAUAGGAAGUCGAAGACGAAGCCAAAUGGAAAGAAGCCUCCGGCAGAAGAGAAGAAGCAGUACUUGGAGCCAGAGUUCACAAAAAUUCGUGUGGUGGACUUCGACCUCAAGGAACUGGUGGUGCUGCCCAGAGAGAUAGACCUCAAUGAAUGGCUCGCCAGCAACACAACCACGUUCUUCAACCUUAUCAACCUGCAGUACAGCACCAUCUCAGAGUUCUGCACUGGGGACACCUGUCAAGCCAUGACGGCCUGCAACACAAUAUACUACUGGUAUGACGAGAGGGGGAAGAAGACGAAGUGCACUGCUCCACAAUACGUCGACUUCGUAAUGAGUCUUUGUCAGAAACUGGUCACAGAUGAGGAAAUCUUCCCUACAAAAUAUGGCAAAGAGUUCCCCAACUCCUUUGAGUCCUUGGUAAAGAAGAUCUGCCGGUACCUGUUCCACGUGCUGGCUCACCUCUACUGGGCGCACUUUAAAGAGACGGUGGCUCUGGACCUGCAGGGCCACUUGAACACUCUGUAUGCACAUUUCAUCGUUUUCGUAAGGGAAUUCAACCUGGUCGACCCCAAGGAGACCUGUAUCAUGGACGACCUGUCCGAAAUCCUCUGCACCCCCGCCCCGCCGCCCGCGCCCACCCCGGCCUCCUCAGCCCCAGCCUCGGCGCCCUCCCCCUCUUCACAAAACCACGUGACGGAGAGAUGAGCGGGGGCGGAGCUGAGGCGGCAGCCCCGGGGGGUGAUAGAAGAUAAGAUAGAGGAGAGAAGGAAAGACAGCCUGGCCCCCUUCCUCGGUGCAAGCAGGACUUAAGAGACCUACCCUUAUAUUUCGACACCAACCGACCAGCUGGAAGGAAAGGGGGGGAGGGUUUUCAGGGGGUUUGGGGUGGCGGGGAGGGGUUUGUCACGCCAGCAGGAAUUGGCGUGAGCGUUCCUCCCAGGGGCAAAUCCCUCCCAUCUUCUCUGCAAUUUAAACUAGGAACAAACAAGUAUGUGUAUGUUUUCUUUUUUUGGUUUUUAUUUUCUUUUUUUUUUUGUUGGAGUUUUAUUCUGUUUUUAUUUUUUUGUUGUUUUGAGGGCCGGGGGGGGGUGCAGCGUGUCUGUCGGGCCUCACCUCCCUCCAUCCUCUACCUAACAUACAGUGCAGGAGGGGGGGAGGGAAGGGGGGCGGCGCGGGGCGGGCGGGAGGGGGGCUCUGCUUUGCUUCGACCUACUAUUGUACAGCGUUGUUCGUGUGUGGAGAGGAGGCGGUCUCGUCUUUCAUUCCUCCGGACAGGGCUGGCGCUAUAGGCCACCACGCUGGCCGGUAGGGAGCCACGUUACUGGGGGAGGGGGGGUUGGGAGGGGAGGGGGGGUGAUACUAGCCAAUCACUGUUUGGGUUGUUUAUGUGAGGGAUGAUUAAAGCGCUUCCUACUCAGGACCUGAGAGAAUAACGUCACUGCUGCCAGAGAGGACUCCCUCUCUCGUCUUCGUCCUCUGUCCCUCGUUCACCAGACUCCUCCGUGUUUAACUACAGUUAUAGUCACAUAAUCGCCCCGGUGAACCCCCCCCCUAACAUGUCCCGGAGCUCACCUGUAGAGGGCAGCAAACGUGUAGAGACAGGGGAGAAGAAAGAAAAAUAAAAAAAAUGAUUGUAUGCUAGAUAUUUAAUCUGAUCAGAGCGCGGACACAGAGUUGAGACAGACUGGCACCUGUACGAGGUGAAUCAGCUGUUUGUUUGUUGGUGUUACGCACAGCAGCCGCCCCUUAAACCAACCACCACCACCACCACCACCACCACCCACUCCAGCAGCACAGAAGGACAAAGACAUGAGGUAAUGUCUGCAGGCCCAGAGAGGGAGAUGGAGAUGGAGAGAGGGGUGAGGACAGUGGUGUGAAGCUGCUCUGCUGUUUAACAGUCACCAGUGCAAAACUAAAAAUCCUUUUUUUUUUGUUGUUGGUUUUUUUGUUACCAGUCCCUUUAAAUUUGCCUUUUUUUUCUUUCUUUUUUCCCCCCCUCCAAAAGAUUAUCAGAGGAAAAUUAGUUGAGAAAUGAUAACAAACAGUGAUAUCAUUACACAUGUAUAGAAAAAUGCACAGUCUGCUUGGACUUUACUGUACAAAGAAUCACAAGCGGGUUCUGUCAGACAUAGCCUCUGUAUGGAGGAGGAUUGGAUUUAUAAUUCUCCUUUUUUAUUUAUUUUAAUUUUUUUGCAGGGUUCUUCAGUUCUGGCUCUUGUUUUUAUGUAUUUUAAUUAUUAACUAAGUUAAAAGCAAUUUAAUAUUUUAAGCUCUGCGGAUUAUAAUCUAAUAAAAGAGAGAAAUGCCA